CCCAAAUCCGCUGGAACAGUAACACCCUGAACAUCCAUUCAUUUCGAGCUCAUCACUCCUUUACUGAGACAGCUCGCAUUUCUUUUUCAAUAUCGGCCUGCAUAGCAAUUAAAGGGGUAUUACAAUGUAUUCAUUUUGACACGGAAGGCAGCGUUCCCUGGUGUGCCCCUCAAAACACUGCAACAGCCGACCACAGGAAUGAUUUAGUGCCAGUCCAGAGAUGGAGCACAACGCAUUCAUUAAAGUACAGUUUUUAGGUGCUGCAAGUUUGGCAUACACGUAGCCUACUGCUUUUUCAUUCAGUGCCACUUUAAACUACAUAUCAGAGAGUUUGUGUUUUUUUUUAAACUCCACUAUAUUUAUUUGAUAGUUUUAGUUACAGUUACUUUGCAGAUUAAACUUGGGCCUACCUGCACAUAAUUUUAAAAACGUUUUUAAAACGUGACGCAUGGUUGUAGAUUAAAACACACCACAGCGCUUACAGUCCCUGGAAAUGAACACCAAGGCAAGUGAAUGCAUCAGCAAGUAAAACCCAGUCUUCUCUUUAACAUCCCGAAUGGACCGUUUUUAUGCGUAAUUCUGACUGCCGCUGUUUAUUUCUCCUUCUGUUGACUCCGCUCUGGGUGUUAAUUCUGACGGAUUUCGGUCCAAUUCAAAGCGGACCUCAGCGGGUCAAUCAGUUCCUGAAAGUCAGAGGCCAAUUCCCGUAAAUCCUAAUCUUAUUUCAGUUUCCUUAUGACUGGAUGAUGGGAAGUUAUUUUCGCGGAAUUCCCCCGCCAGGAAACCCAUUAAAGUCUCCGACAUACAGCACAGCAGCCCAGUCACUCGGCGGAGGAGGCGAGAGGACGGGCGCGCAUGUUGUCGGCUCCUGAUUCAGAGGCUCUCACUGUGAAGUUUCCGUCUGAAGACCCGUGGCUCAUGAUGGAAACAGCCGUUACCUGAGUGUGGAAAAUCCUGGUGGGGCAGGGCUCAGGCUCAGCCUGUCAGGCCACACCUGGGCUGAUGAGAGGCCUGGAUCAGGCCCUGCUCAGCCUCUGUCUUUGUUUGCUGCAGCACGUUGUCCUGCAUGCUGCCCUCUCCAGCUGACUGCACAGGAUGCUUUGUCUGAGUGAGUUAGUUCUAAAAUAUUUGUCAUUGUCAUUCUUCUGUUUUCAUUUCAGCCAUUAAAUCAUGUGUAAGCCAACUGCUUAAAUGAAAAAGUAAUAAACUGUUGAGUGGCUCUCGUCUCUGGUCUUCGUGCUUUUACUGGUGUGCCAAUGCAGACGCUCUUCAAAUAACACAACUACAACACAGCCAGCUUUUCACACUGUGCUUCUGUCCCCUACGAGAGUGAGGGACAACAUCAGAUGAAGAUAACCAGAAGGUGAAUCUGUGAUCUGAGUGUUCUUCAUGUAUUUGCAAAUCUCAAAUUGAGGGCUCUUGUGAAAGACUCAAAUCAUUUUAGUCCAAAUUUGUAGUCUAAAAAUGUUUGACUUUUCUUGUUGACUGUCUGAAUCUGGUGACAUAUUACUGUAAGAUUACUCACUGAAAGUGUGUGUUCCUUCACCUUUUUGACUUUCAAGAUACACGCCUGCAUGUGUAGCCGUGACAUUUGAGUUCCUGUAUGCGGCACUUUUCUCCCCCCCCGUGCAGCGACACCAGCUGUCACUGAUAAGACUGCUUUAAAUUUCAUUACUACUGUUAUUAAAAUAAAAUAAAAAACUUGUGUGUCAUGUAUUUACACACCAGAAAUAAAAACAUGUUUACACCCAUGUGUAAGCUGGUAAAAGCAACAAAAACAGAGAUGAUAUGUGUCUAACACAGUGAACUGAGGACACCAGCGUCACUCAUAACCCAAAUGAGUGUUAUUUCCUGUUCUUCCCUCUCAUUUUGAUUUAUUUACUGUGUCCGUUUCUACUCGGUACAAACACAUUAAAGGCCCAGUUUCUGGUUGCUUACGCUGCAUCCCACACCUCAUUUUUAUCAUUUCCUCCUCCUUCCUUCCCAUCAUAAUAUCUUAUCCAACACAGCAAGCUAAUUGGGUUAGUAAAUAUAAAACUUCUGCUGUACAGAUUAUUCAAAUGAAAACAAAAUGUAUGAAAUAAAAGAUAAAUAUACUGCAUUCCCACAUACCACACUCGGGUUUUCUGAAAUAAACGGAUCAUAGACAAUAAAUGAAAAAGGUUUCAUAACAUUGCUACAUUUAUUUUGACGUAUGAAUGUAAAUAUUAUAAUCAAACAUAGGGAGGUCACUUAAUGCCAGAAGAAAAGCUCGUCCUUGGACAGCCAAGUUGAAAAAGGAGGCAAAAGAGGCACAUAUUUCAACAUGAUCAAGAUGUUUUAAUGUGUCUGAAUAAAGAAAUCCAUAAUCCACCAGCGGCCAGCAGAACUGACUCUGCACAACAUAUGAAAAAUGAAGGGUUCGGGGGAUUGGACAGAUGAUGGAGUGCAGGUCAGCUGAUAUUAUCGUCACUAUAACACAGCAGGGAUCUGGUUGCCAUGGAGUGAACUGUGUAUAGGUGGGGGGAUGAGGAGUUACAACCACAUGAGUUGGUUUGCUGGUAUCAAGGGCAAAAAUUUCUUUGUGCAGCCGCACGUUCCCUUCACUUAUUUGGGAACUAAAAGAUCUGCCAAACUGAUUUUUAGGAUUACAGCUCAGCUCAGUUAAGGUUGUGCUGUGGGCAACAUGGGGUCUCAAGGGAGUACAUGAAUGCUUAUGUACUGGUAUGUGUGGAUGUGGUUGUUACAAGGGCCUGGUUUGGUGCCGUGGGAGCCUUUCUGCAGCUUGUAGAACCGGAACAGGACAAAGGCUUCUCUGCGGAGCUGCACUGACACCUCCAAACGCUCUGUGUCAAAAGCAAAGGAAUCACAGCGUGAAUAUGCACAUGUGAAACACGUUUAAAUGUUUGAGACCACCCUGCCACCUCAAGAUGGCGCUCCAUGUCCUCGUAUGACGAAGACAAGGCGCGUGCGCGCACACGCGUGCGUGAGUGUGUGCGAGAGAGAGAGAGGGGGAGCUGCUGUCUGGCUGCUCUCCGGUGGUGUAGCCUCCCCGUCGCUGCAGUGCUUCGCUGCUCUCCUCUUCUCUCUCCUUUCUUUCUUGCUUUCGUACCCAGCGCCGCGCCUCUUCCUCCUCCGUCUCUUCCACAUCCUUCUCCUCAUCCCUGCGGAUGCCUCAGCCUUGCAACUCCGGCCCGGCAUACCGGCAAAUGUUCGCUCCAUCCCCGGCAACUCUGGACGCAGGACGCAGCCAAAAGACGCACCGCUCUGUUCUGAUCUGAUCUAAGCACGCUGCGGAUUGACUUGAAAGAGAGGCGGACCAGGGGCUCAAGGGAACCAAGGGGAAGCCGGGCGCUGACAGUGGCCAGGAUCUCAUUUCGGUGGGACCGUCUUGUUGCAGAGAAACAAGCUCAGGGUUUCUACUGAUUCUGCACUAUUGUGAUGCCGGUGCCAGAGCAGCCUGCGGAGCAGGAGAAGGGGGCCAUGGUUGCCCCUGUGAUGCCAUCCUCCAAUGGAGACAGAUCUGAGACAGAGACGACCUCCUCCAUCCUCGCCUCUGUCAAAGAGCAGGAGCUUCAGUUUGAACGCCUGACCAGGGAGCUUGAGGCUGAGCGGCAGAUCGUCGCCACCCAGCUAGAGAGAUGCAAGCUGGGAUCAGAGGCAGGCAGCAUGAGCAGCAUCAGUUCAACAGAUGAGCAGUUUCGCUGGAACACUCAAGCAGAUGGACAAAAGGAUAUCGAGGACGAGUUGACCACGGGUUUAGAGUUGGUGGACUCCUGCAUUCGCUCGCUCCAGGAAUCAGGAAUACUCGACAGUGGAGAACGACCGGCUCUUCUUUCCCAGAGUUCCUUGCAGCUCAACUCCACCCCGGAGGCUUCGCUCCAGUACUCUGCCAGCUACCAUAGCAACCAGACCCUCGCCCUUAGCGACAGCAUCUCCUCAGCAGCAACUCCUCAGCGCAGCGGGCAGGUUGGAGGAGCCGUGCACAGCUACAACCAGGUGACAUCUAGUCGUGCAGCCCAGCAGCAACCAUCACAAACUGGGGCAGGGUCAGGUAUUUACUACUCCAGCUCCACCUUACCCACCCAGCGUGUCAGCUCCCCUCUUACAGGAGGAGGAUCGGGAUCCAGUUCCCCGAGUAAACUCCAGCGCCUGGGGUCAGCCUCAGACACGUCGGGGUAUUCUACCACUCAGCGCCUGCCUUCCUCCUCCUCUUCUCCCAACAAACAGUCUCCUGCCAAUCGACUGGCCAAGUCAUACAGCACCACAGUUGCUGUGACAACAGCAGGAGGGGGCGGGUCUCCCCUGAGGGUCGCAUCUCCACCCAACUCGACAGCAGGAGGAGGGGCCAGCUCAUCAUCGUCCCCUCUUCACCAGAUGAGCUCAGGCAUAGGGAGCUAUGCCACUUUGUCUCCCAAACGUCUGGCCGCUCACCACGCGUCUGACCAGUACAAGAUCUCCCACGAGCUCUACGCUACUGCUACCCUGCAGAGGCCUGGCAGUCUGGCAGGCUCUCGUGGCUCCUACAGUAGUCAGCACAGUCAGGAGCCCCUUCGGCCCUUGGGGUCCCCAGAGCACCACAUAGAUCCUAUCUAUGAAGAACGUGUCUACCACAACAAGGGCCCCAUGAGGAGCCUGAGCCAGAGCCAGGGGCCGGACACGGGCCCCUAUCGCAACAACACCGCUCCCUCCUCCCCUGGUGUCGACUCCGCCCCUUUGCAGCGCACAGGAAGUCACGGCACAGGGACAGGAAACUACAGCCGUGGUGGGACCAACAACUACGCCACCGUGGGACCGGGCUACACCUCUAGCGGAGGUGGUGGAGGUGGAGACCUGUAUGGCUCGGACCCCUACGUGGCGGACCCCUACCGCACCCUCCAGUACUGCCCCUCGGUGGUGGAAUCGCCCUACAGCAAGUCUGGACCAGCCCUACCACCUGAAGGCAGCCUGCAGCGCUCACCUUCCAUCGACUCCAUUCAGAAAGACCCCAGAGAGUUUGGGUGGAGAGAUCCGGAGCUGCCAGAGGUGAUCCAGAUGUUACAGCACCAGUUCCCAUCAGUACAGUCCAAUGCUGCAGCCUACCUACAGCAUCUCUGCUUUGGAGACAACAAGAUCAAAGCUGAGAUCCGCAGACAGGGAGGCAUCCAGCUUCUGGUCGACCUGCUGGACCACAGGAUGAGCGAGGUUCACCGCAGCGCCUGCGGAGCCCUGAGGAACCUGGUGUACGGCAAGGCCAACGAUGAAAACAAAGUGGCCCUGAAGAACUGUGGGGGCAUUCCCGCUUUGGUCCGCCUGUUGAGGAAAACUGGAGAUGUGGAAAUCAGAGAGCUGGUCACAGGUGUGCUGUGGAACCUGUCGUCAUGUGAUGCUCUGAAGAUGCCAAUCAUCCAGGACGCCCUGGCCGUUCUGACCAACAGCGUCAUCAUACCCCACUCCAACUGGGACUCCUCCCCCAAUCACCAUGAUGACCGCAAGCUCCACCUUCAUACCUCCCAGGUGCUGCGCAAUGCUACAGGCUGCCUCAGGAACGUUAGCUCGGCAGGUGAGGAGGCGAGACGACGGAUGAGGGAGUGUGACGGCCUGACAGAUGCUCUGCUCUACGUCAUCCAGACCUCUCUGGGCAGCAGCGAGAUCGACAGCAAGACGGUAGAGAACUGCGUUUGCAUACUGAGGAACCUGUCGUACCGUUUGGCUGCCGAGACAUCUCACGGCCAGCAGGGGGGGUUGGAGGAGCUGGACGGCCUGCUUUGUGAUGCCAACGGCCGCGACAGUGAGAGCUCCGGCUGCUGGGGCAAGAAGAAGAAGAAAAAGAAGGGAGCUGAUCAGUGGGAUGGCGUGGGUCCCUUUCCAGACACGGCAGAGCCCCCCAAAGGGGUUCAAAUGCUGUGGCACCCCACAAUCGUCAAGCCCUACCUCACCCUGCUGUCUGAAUGCUCCAAUCCCGACACCCUGGAGGGAGCAGCUGGGGCUCUGCAGAACCUGGCCGCAGGCAGCUGGAAGUGGUCGGUUUACAUCCGGGCUGCUGUGCGCAAGGAGAAAGGCCUUCCCAUCCUGGUGGAGUUACUGAGGAUAGACAACGACAAGGUGGUGUGUGCCGUGGCCACUGCUCUCAGAAAUAUGGCCCUGGACAUCAGGAACAAGGAGCUCAUCGGUAAAUAUGCCAUGAGAGAUUUGAUCCAUCGGCUACCAGGCAGUAGUAGCAGCAGCAGCAACAACAACGCCACCAGCAGUGGGACCUCCGGGACCACAGGCCCUCCCAGCAAGGCCAUGUCAGAUGACACAGUUACUGCCAUCUGCUGUGCACUGCACGAAGUCAUCACCAAGAACAUGGAGAACGCCAAAGCACUGCGAGAUGCCGGGGGCAUAGAAAAACUCAUCGGCAUCGCUCGCAGCAAAGGAGACAAACACUCAGCAAAGGUUGUAAAGGCAGCCUCUCAGGUCCUCAGCAGUAUGUGGCAGUACAGAGACCUGCGCUCCCUCUACAAGAAGGAUGGUUACUCCCAGUAUCACUUUGUGGGCUCUGCAUCAACGAUAGAAAGAGACAGACAGAGACCCUACUCCUCCUCACGAACUCCCUCCGUCUCACCCGUCAGGACGUCACCAAAUAACCGCUCCGCGAGCGCUCCAGCCUCCCCCAGAGAGAUGAUGAGUCUGAAGGAACGCAAGAUGGACUACGAUUCCACGGCAACCAACGCUGGUUUCCAUAGCAACAAAGGAGAGCACACAUCCCGGAAAGACGGCAUGGCAGUUCAAGUAUCCUGUGGUACAUCUACAUUGUUCCGAAACUCCUACCUGACCGCCAAUGAUGAUAUCAAGCAAAACCAGGCUCCGGCCCAGCCCUGCGUUGUCCCCCCACAACCCCAGCAGGAUGGCCCUUCAGCAGCCGUGCUAAAAGACUACGACCCCUAUCCUCCCCCUCCCUCCUUCCCCCAGCCUCAGCCGCCGCCGCCUCCGCCUCCGCCGCACAGCCAAAGCCGGAGCUUCGAUGAUGUCUACUACGAGGACCAGGGACCUCCACCUCCUCCAUCCCAGCCACAGCCGCAGGUCCAGGCUCAGGCCCAGCCUCAGGCCCAACCCCAGCAGCCUCCGAGCUCCGCCGGACCGCCUCGAGACCCACGGGAAGACCUGCGCAUGCAUCUGGGCCUCAAAUCCACCGGCAACUACGUAGACUUCUACUCUGCCUCUCGGCCAUACAGUGAACUGAACUACGAGACCAGCCACUACCCGGCCUCGCCUGACUCCUGGGUCUAGUAGACAGUGAUGAAGGGGGGGCAAGAGAGAGUCUGUGUGCGUGUGUGAAAGGGAUUAUUUUUGCAAGGGAUCAACAGCAAAUUAAUAGAAGGUGACAGCAAGUGGCAGGUUGAAACAGAAAUGUGGAGCGAGGAAAUGUGGCAGGAAAUCUGUGUUCUCUAAGAUAUGGAGGAAGACAGAGCUAGAUGGGGUUAAGAAAUGAAGUCAGGUCGAGUGACAACGAGAGACUGUGCAUGUGCAUGCCGACAUUUUCCUUUUCUUUUUUUUCCAGACCGCUUUAUUUCUUCAAAGUCAGCUCCAUUGCACCGGUGAGUGGAUAAAGUGGGAGUAGAUCUGAAGAAGUGCGUUUGAAAGGGUGAGAGAGGAGGGAGCAGGGGAAUAUGAAAAGACGAGAAGGGAGAAAACGACAAGGUAGAGAAAAUGCAGGGGCCUAGAGAGGAGGAGAGAGAUGGGAUCAAGAAAUAAUGGGCAGCAGAUGAGGGUGAGCUCUUACCCUGUAGGAGCAGGAAGUGGCCUGACCUUUUGUCGAAGACAGAGAGACGAAGAGAGGGGGGAUAAAGAUGGCAUGAGGGUUCUUCAGGAGGUCAGGAGGAAUAAAAGCACAGAAAAUAUGAAAGCACAUCGAGCACUUACGAAGGCAAGAAGUGGAUGUUUACCAUUUCACCCAAAUGACAAACGUAGCACUGCUUUUAUCCCCUCUUUCUGUUGCGAUGGCCUUGCUGCUUACAGAGGCUACUGAAUUUGUUUCCAAGGAAUGUCAUCUUCAAUGACUUCUGUGUCAUCAUUUCUUUUACAUCUUUCUUUUCUUUGUACUUUUGUAAAUUUUCACUUUCAAAGAAACAUUUUUAUUUUCUGUGUACAGUUCAAAGGUGAUAUAAUGUGUAUAUUACACAUGUUUUUGAUGGGGCCACUUGUGAAAUCCUGCUUUUUUUUUCCGUGACUGACUACUGACUGAAACAACAAAAACAGCAGAAAUGAAGUGAAAUGUGAACACAAGAAGUGGAAAAGACAGACAUCGUCAGGAUGGAUGUCAGUCGGCACCUUUGUUUGGCCAUUUUCCUCAACCAGAGAAAGGAUCUCUGGAGUAUUUGUGUUUUUCUCUCUCCAUCAAGUGAAUUUCGUCGUGGACGUGCCCAAACGUCAAGGCCGCCUUGAGCAUCAGAUCAGCAGAGCAGCGUCGACUCCAGAGUCCCCGUCAGAAAAAGUGCUUUUUCACUGCCUAAAGAAUAUACGUGUAUGUUUAAAGCACACUCUCUGUCUUUGGAAAGGGUUGCCUUUUCCUUCUUAGGGAGCCGAUAUGUUUGACCAUGUCAACUUUCUGUGGUUUCUCAUCAUCACUCGUGCAUAGAAACUGGUCCGUCCAACAAGAGCCAACGUGAAUAUUGUACAUCUCAGCGUACAGUAAAGAGAAAGAGAAAGAGAGGGACAUGACAUUGUGCCAAACUUUGACACCUUUGACGCCAGUCCUGAAGGACUUUAAGGGGACAUUCUGUCGAAGUUUACAGACACUGACUGGUUUGCUCCCUCUGCUGUUUGUAACUUUUACUUUCUUGUGUUUUGAUCAGGUGAAGCCGUACUUAUUGCUGGGGAUCAUGACUAACAUCUCCCUCCCAUUGAUGUACAGACCUGCCUCUCCGUGUUGGCUGAGCAUGCGUGGGUGUGCGUGCGUGGGGUCAGAUGUGACUGUGUGUGUGUGUGU